CAACUCGGACGUGCCUGGGUGCAGUAAUUUAAGGGAACCACCGGCUCGGUACUUUCCCGGGAGGCUGUGCUUGCUAGGUACAUCACCUCAACAGCCCCAGGAUAUCCAUGUGCUGCCUUCUCGUCUCUUCGUAUACAUUGUGCACCACGAUUUGCACCGAUCACUCGUUCGUGCAGGACACUCGCUUUGACUGGCUCUCAACACCAAACCUGAUCGACUAAGUGGCUAUUUAGACAUGACAUCAACACGUCCCAAUCAACAUCCAUGGAUCUCGGCUUACGAGAAUGCCCCAUCAUCUGCAUGUGCGACCCUGCGCGCUGUUUCCAACGCUGCCGAGUAUGGGUUGAUGUGCGUCUUCGCAGAGGAAGACGGUGACCCACUCCCCAACUCUGUCAACACCGACUGUCUCCCUUGGGCAACUGGCUCUGUCCCUGCGACUUCCGUAUUUUACUCGCCUGCCGUUGCAUGCCCGACCUCCUGGACGGCCGUAGCAACUCGCACUGCCGCAGAGGGCGCAAAUGAUUGGGUCGAAGGCGAAACAGCAUUGGAAUGCUGUCCACCGGGGUUCAUAGGAGGGAGUGGAGGCAUGUGCAACCCUGGGACCAGCGGAACAACGCCCGUAGUAAAGUGCGGUGAGGCGGAUGCAGAGGAGAACGAGAAUGUGGUCUACACAGCGGGGAGUUGGCCGGCGACUCUGAGCGCGCGGGUCACGGCGCUGCAGUUGAGGUAUCAAUCCACUGAUGUCGGAUUGAGUGCAAGUGCUGCUUCCACUGCUACCUCAGAGAACGGAAACUUGAGCACAAGCACAAGUACAAACAGCCCCGGGUCAGGAGAUGGAGAUACUGGGCUGUCGGUAGGAGCCAAGGCUGCAAUUGGGACUGUAGUUCCCCUGUUUGUCAUAUUGGGAGCGUUGGCAGCGUUCCUGCUUUGGCGGCGGCGGAAGAACAGGAAAACUAUCGCGGAGAAGACUAUGGACGUUGCGGACGGACACGGAACCAAACACAGAUACGAAGAGGUUUCCCAUGAGACGUUGACGGGCUCUAAAGGAACAUCUGUUGCUACGGCGCCCGCAAAUGCUGUCACGACUCGCGAUAACCCCAACGAGACACCUGAAUGGAAUACAGAACUCGAUGCCACAGAGGCCGAGAGAAGGAGAUACAUAGCGGUCCAAGGCAGCCUUUUCGCUCCGGAAGGUGGUGCUGUUAUGUCUCCAUCGAGUCCUGGGCCGGCAAGUGAGGCAAGUGAACUGGGUGGCAUGAUGAGGGUCAACAGGAAACCAAUUGCGCCAGUCGAACUUGAUUCCACACCACUGACGGCUGAGUUGAAUGGACAUGGCGAUACAGAACAAAGAUAGAGAGAAAAGUUCAAAAGCAAGAUGAUACCCACGUUCUUUGCAUUUAUUCUUAGCGUAGCGUCUAUCAGAUUUCAUACGGCGCCCUGAUGGUACGGGUGACAUGCUCCAGUCCUUGAUGCCAUCUCAGAGUGGAGUUGGCCUACACGAGCUCGGAACUGACUACAUAUGUAAGUUUGAUCAAGACCUCAGAAUGUGCAACGAUACGCAUCUUUGAGGCUCCUCACCG